AUGGAGUUCGAGUACCACGGGAUGCAGGGAAAUGAAAAUAAUUUCCUGAACUACAGCGAGUGCAAGCAUAAAUGCAUGAGUACGCGUCUUCGCUAA